CAGCUAUCUACGACAGUUCCGGUGCGAAUGUCCGCUUGGAGAGAAACCAGAGGAAAGGAUUAGCGAAACACCCCAGGACGGACAUCGGCAAUAGUUUGACGGCCACUGGCCUUCGGAACCGGUUGUGAGCAGGGACAACCGAUCUCUUGGCUAACUCGUUAUUUUAUCCAGUUUUGAGCUCCAGGUAUGAACUGAGAAUGAAUGUGAACCAGCAGACUCCCAUGGCGUCUCCGUACGGCCCGCCCCAGCCUGGCUAUGGCCAGCCCAGCUACGCUCCCCUGGGAGGGAGCUACCCUGGCCCCUACGGACCCUACAACGGGCCCGCUACAGCCUACCAGCCUGGGGCUCCACCACAAGGACCUGCCAGAGGCCCCCCUACCUCUGCCCCCCGUCCAGUCUCCACCCCCCAGGCGUACUCCCAGUAUUCCCAGGGAGACUCUCAGAACGGACCCCCACCUAUGGGUCACUCUAUGGCCCAGCCAGCUCACAGGUCGCCAGUGUCACAGCCGUAUAGCCAAGGUGCUAUGAACUUGUCCGGGCCACACCCCUCCUACUCCCAGCAGUACGGUGCUCCGCCCCCCAUGCAACAGGUUACCAAUCAGAUGUCAGGGAUGCAGAUCGGAUCCGGUCCCCCCACCUCUGUUGGGCCGGGAUAUGCUCACCAUCCCAGCUCCCAGCCUCCAAUCAGUGCUGCAUACUCCUCUGCAGCCCCACCCUCCUAUACGCAAGCUCCUCCCCUAUUGUCUGCUGCCCCCUCCCAGCCUUCCCCUCCCAGUGAACCUGCAGCCUCCCAGCCGUACUAUGGUGGCCCCCCUCCCCCCCAACAACAACCCUUCCCCUCUGCCCACCAUCCCUCCCAACCCUUCGUCUCCUCCUCUCCAUACUUGGGCCCUCCCAGCCAACCUCAGGCCACUCCAGUCUCCCAACAGCAGUCCUUCCCACCUGGCCCCCCUGCUCAGCAACCCUUCCCCAACUCCGCCCCUCCUCCAGUCUCCCAACAGCAGUCCUUCCCACCUGGCUCCCCUGCUCAGCAACCCUUCCCCAACUCCGCCACUCCUCCUGUCUCCCAGGCCUCCUACUCUGGCCCCUCUCCUCCCACCCAGCACUCUUUCCCUCCCUCCUCCCAAUCUGGCCCCUUCCCACCUAUCUCUAUAUCCCCUUCCCAGUACCCAGGUCCACAGCCCCCGUCCCAACCCGGACCCCCUCCCUUCCACUCUGGGCCCUCUCCUCGAGGCCCCAUUCCACCCCCCUCCAUGUCCCAGCAGCAGGCCAAUCACCUUCCCCCCGGCCCCAUGCAGCAACAGCAGCCUCCUCAGCCUGGCAUGCAGGGAGGAUACCCAACCCACCAGAAUGGUGCGUUUGGGCAGCCUAGAGGGCCCCAGCCCGGUUAUGCAGGCCCGCAAUAUCCCGGGCAACAGAACUACGGAGCAGGCCCUGCCCCUGCACCCGCUCCCCCUGCACAGAAGAGACUGGACCCUGAUUCCAUCCCCAGCCCGGUGAAUGAGGAUGACCGGGUCAACAAGAGCAGUGAGCCGUUCACCACUGGGUCAAAGUCAGGCUCCACCCUGGUCACCACCAACUUCCAGGUGAAAGACCAGGGCAAUGCCAGCCCGCGGUUCAUCCGCUGUACAGCCUACAACAUGCCCUGCACCGCCGACAUGGCCAAAACAGUCCCAAGUCCCCUGGCCGCUGUAAUCCAACCCCUGGCCAUCGUGCCCCCCGACGAGACCCCUCCGUACAUUGUGGACCAUGGGGAAGGCGGUCCUAUCCGCUGUAACCGCUGUAAGGCCUACAUGUGUCCCUACAUGCAGUUCAUCGAGGCCGGGCGCCGCUUCCAGUGUGGCUUCUGCAGCUGUGUCACAGAGGUGCCUCCCCACUACUUCCAGCAUCUGGACCACACAGGGAAGAGGGUGGACUGCUACGAUCGGCCAGAGCUCUCUCAGGGCAGCUACGAGUUUGUGGCCACCGUCGACUACUGUAAGAACAAUAAGCUCCCCCAGCCCCCGUCGUUCAUCUUCUUCAUCGAUGUGUCUUACAAUGCAGUGAAGAGCGGCAUGGUUAACAUCGUUUGUCAGGAGCUCAAGACUCUACUGGACUACCUGCCCAGGGAGAACCCAGAGGAAGACUCUGUGGUGCGUGUGGGUUUUGUGACCUACAACAAGGUGUUACACUUCUACAACGUCAAGUCCAGCCUGGCCCAGCCCCAGAUGAUGGUGGUCAGUGACGUCAGUGACAUGUUCCUCCCUCUGCUCGACGGCUUCCUGGUCAGCGUCAACGACAGCCGGAUGGUCAUCGAGAGUUUGCUAGACCAGAUUCCGGAGAUGUUUGCAGACACCAGGGAGACUGAGACGGUGUUUGGACCGGUCAUCCAGGCAGGACUGGAGGCACUGAAGGCUGCAGACUGUGCUGGGAAGCUGUUUGUGUUCCACUCCACUCUGCCCAUCGCUGAGGCUCCUGGGAAACUGAAGAAUAGAGAGGACAAGAAACUAGUGGGAACAGACAAGGAGAAGUCUCUGUUCCAGCCCCAGUCUGGUUUCUAUAGUAACCUCUCUAAGGAGUGUGUAGCACAGGGCUGCUGUGUGGACCUCUUCCUGUUUCCCAACCAGUACGUGGACGUGGCAACGCUUGGCGUGGUGCCAGUCUCCACCGGGGGUUCCGUCUACAAAUACACCUACUUCCAGGCCGAGACGGACCGUGAGCGGUUCCUGAAUGAUCUGCGGCGAGACGUUCAGAAGCCGAUGGGCUUCGAUGCUGUCAUGAGGGUCCGAACCAGCACAGGUAUCAGAGCGACAGAUUUCUUCGGCUCGUUCUUUAUGAGCAAUACGACAGACGUGGAGCUGGCAGGGCUGGACUGUGACAAGACCGUGACCGUGGAAUUCCGCCACGACGACAAGCUCAGCGAGGACACCGGGGCGCUCAUGCAGUGCGCGGUGUUGUACACCAGCUGUAGUGGUCAGCGGCGUCUGCGGGUCCACAACAUGGCGGUCAACUGCUGCUCCCAGCUCGCCGACCUCUACCGGAACUGCGAGACGGACACAAUCAUCAACUUCUUCUCCAAGUAUGCGUACCGCAGCAUAUUGAACACCCCCACCAAGACAGUGAGAGACACCAUGGUGAACCAGUGUGCCCAGAUUCUGGCCUGCUACCGCAAGAACUGUGCCAGCCCCUCGUCUGCCGGACAGCUGAUCCUACCAGAGUGUAUGAAGCUGCUGCCGGUCUAUCUGAACUGUGUGUUGAAGAGCGACGUGCUGCAGCCGGGAGCUGACAUCUCAUUGGACGACAGAGCCUACCUGAGACAGCUGCUCAGCUGUAUGGACGUAUCAGAGAGCCACAUCUUCUUCUAUCCCCGCCUACUGCCCCUGGUGAAGUUGGAUGGAGGGUCGUUGCCAAUGGCCGUGCGUAACUCAGAGGAGCGCCUGUCGAAGGGCGGAGUCUACCUCCUGGAGACAGGGCUCCACCUCUUCCUGUGGGUGGGAGCCAAUGCUCAGCAGGAGCUGCUUAGCAACAUCUUUGGAACGCCCACCUUCAGCCAGAUAGACCCCAACAUGACGAGUCUGCCGGAGCUGGACAACCCGUUCUCCCAGAGACUCCGAGAGAUCAUCGACUCCUUCAGAUCACAGCGGUCACGAUACAUGAAGUUGAUGGUGGUGAAGCAGGAGGACAAGGCGGAGCUAAUCUUUAAACACUUCCUGUGUGAGGACAAAAGCGCCAGCGGAGGAGCUUCCUACGUCGACUUCCUGUGUCACAUGCACAAGGAGAUCCGCCAGCUACUCAGCUAGGACCCUGAUUUCUGACCCUUCAAACCUGACCCCGGGCACUUCUCAACCCCCCCCCCCUCCCCCUUGAUGCGCUUUAUCUUUUAUUUACCUAAUAAACUUAACCCCUCCCCCUCUGUCAGUGAGAGGCCAGAGACAUAUACAAAGCCUCGUGGCAGAUUCCGUGUGUGUGUCCUCAUACGACUACUAUUCCAAACGUCAAGCUCUAAAACAGCUGGAGCUGAUCCACUGGCCAAUGGAGGUGUGUGUGUGCGUGUGUGUGUGUGAGGGAGAGAGAGAGAGAGUUGCUGUUGAUUGUAGUAGGUGUUCUGUCUAACACUAGCACUGAAAGGCUGUUGUGGGUGUACCGGCCGCUGGUAGAAACUCUUUUUGUAUGAUUCAGACCCAGUAGAGCUGAAGAUGACAAACUAUACAUGACAUGAAAUAAAUGUUGUUUUUUUCCAUCUCUAGAAUUAUUUUUCUAUUUGUCUUAUUCGCUCUCCCUCAGACAUGGCCUCGUGUGUGUGUGUGUGUGUGUGUGUGCGCGCGCGCUCUCUGUGACUUACAAACACUACUGAGGCAAUAGGAGAGAGGGAGGAGUAUAUAGAGAUAAUCUGUGAUUGAGGUUAAACUCCCAAUAAAAGUCUAUGCAUCUAAUCAUCCAGAGGCGAGGGGUUUGAACGUUCAACCAGCGUGGGGGUCCCACUAUGACUCACACAGUAUAGACUGUUUGGUUGAGGUGUGUGUGUGUGUGUGUGUCAUGUUGUUUAUUAACGUGUGUAUCAGCUCGACAUGAUGCCUGUUUGUCUUCCUGUCUGUGAAGGGAAGGAGUGACUGGCUGUGCUUCUCAAAACUGAGGUCAGUCAGAGAAAGAGUGAUGAGAAUAAUGGUGGGUCGCAUGGUCAUGUUCAGUAGGCACGAAACAGGAGAAAACUAUUUGAAACAGGGAAGUACUUUUGUUUUGGUUUCCGUAGCAGAAUGUUUUUGCUACGUUGUACCUUGCUGAACACGACCCUGUGCUCUACAUACAGCUGUGUCUGAGUUGUCCCACACUGCGGACUGUCUGCUAUAGAACCUCAGUUCAUAUUUACACAUAUAACCUACGUCUAUAACCUGUACAGAAUUAAAUCCUCCGUUUUAAACACUUGUGUCAAAUGCUGUGGUUUGUCAGUCCUACCCGUCGCUGCCGCUCACACAAAAGCAGUCCUGCUUUUUGUUCCGUCUAGGUGUGCAGCUUAGUCUGUGUGUGUGUGAGAGGGGUUCUGGAGGCAGAUCCUGGUGAAUUUCUCUAAACUAAAGGAAAAGAGGGAUCUGUCGCUACAUAGUGACUUUUGCAUUUAUUUUCGCUCUCAUGUCUUAACACAGUGUUGGUGUGCUGCCACUUUCUCUGACCCAUCUCUCUGUUGAAUGGACCUUCUUUCUGACUGACCGUGAUCUUAAGUUUUCCUUCUCUGUGUUUUUGUCGUUGCCUCCUGGACUGUUAAUAAAGUUAUUGAAUCACCAUG